AUGCCCUCGACACCUCACGAAUCCUCCCCGCUCCUCCCAUCACAUGCAAAUGGCAAUGGGGAGCCACAUCUGCCCCUAGCCCAACGCCUGGUCAAACUACUCAAGGCUGAAGGCGAACCAUCUUGGCUGCAAUCAUAUAACUGGUUCAUAUUUGGCUCUUACGCCAACAUACUCCUGCUCUUUGUGCCUUUGAGCGCGGUAGCUCAUUACCAAGAUUGGGACGCUGCCUUGCGAUUCGUGUUCAGUUUCCUGGCAAUCAUACCGUUGGCCAAGCUUCUGGGCGAUGCUACCGAAAACCUGUCCGGGCGCUUAGGAGAAAUUCUUGCUGGUUUGCUCAACGCAUCGUUUGGAAAUGCCGUCGAAAUUAUCGUCGGUAUUGCAGCCUUGCUUCGAGACGAGAUUCGUAUUGUUCAAACUUCGAUGAUCGGCUCUAUUCUUUCCAAUAUCCUUCUCGUUUUGGGAUGCUCCUUCGUCGCUGCUGGCUGGGAGAGAGCCGAGAGCUCGUUCCAGGUCACCGCAGCGCAAGCUUCGAGUUCGUUGAUGACCCUGGCCUGCAUCACCCUCGUAAUUCCUGCCGCCUACCAUAUGACUAUGCCAGAGACCGCGAGUUCUGAACACGGUCUCGUGGUUAUAUCAAGAGGCACUGCCAUUGUCCUUCUCUUGGUGUAUGGCGCUUACCUGCUAUUCCAACUCAAAUCGCAUCACUUCCUCUUCCAAUCCGAGUCUGAGGAGGGAGAUGAGCCUCCCACAAUGAACGUCGCCGCUGCUGCAUUCGCUCUCCUCGGUGUAACUGUGGUCACUUCAUUCUGUGCAGACUACUUGGUGGCAUCCAUCGAAGAAACUGCGGAAAGAUAUCACAUUUCCAAGACAUUCAUUGGUCUGAUUCUGCUUCCCAUUGUGGCUAAUGCUGCUGAACAUGUCACUUCCAUUUGGAUGGCAAUGAAGAACAAGAUGGAGCUGGCAAUAACUAUCUGCGUCGGCAGCUCAAUUCAAAUUGCUUCGUUCGUGGUGCCUCUAAUGGUCAUCAUUGGUUGGUGUACCAACCAUGAGCUGACCCUCUACUUCGAAGACUUUGAGACCAUCAUCCUCUUUGUGUCGGUACUCCUAGUCAACACUUUGAUUCAAGACGGCAAGUCAAAUUACAUGGAAGGGUUGCUCUUGCUGGCUUUGUACUUUGUCAUCGCCUUGGCCUACUGCUCACAGAACGAUCGUGGACAAUGGGACACCCUUACAUACAAUUACUUGCCUGUAUUCUGGGUCCUCAAUAUACAUCGACGUUGGUUGCCGCAAACGCCCUCGCGCGUCGUCGCACCCUUUGAGAUUGGUCAGCAGUCCCUCCUUGGCGCUGCGCCUCGCGGUGACAACUCUUUCAAGUCGAAUUCGACAUCCAUCGCGUUCAUCUCGCUGUCCUCUGUUAUGGAUAUUGAAAUUCGCUAUGUUCACUCGGACGAGAAUGAAUGGUCGGUUACCCGCGCCAUCGCGGAGAUCCUUCACGCAGGAGAAUCAGAAGAAUCCAGAAAGGUCAAUUUCCAGGUCAAAUUAGAUGCUAACCCUGCAGGUGUAGGCCACAAGGGUACAGGUCGACUAACAGUUCCAACCUCUGCCAUUGGGAGGAAGUUCCUCGACGAUGUCAAAGAAACGCCCAUCAAAUUGAGCAAACAGAAGCUCAAAUUUCGCAAGUGCUCACAGCCGCCAAAGAAAUACAUCGUCGAGACCUUGGCCAAAACCCCGUUUGUUAGUCCCGAUAUCGAGGAGAAACAUGCCAAAACGCUCGAGGCCUUAGAGGAAAAACUUAGGAUUGAUACUCUCCAGUUUGGGGUCUACUAUCGUCCUUCGUAUCCCGGUGGAAGGGCAUUCUCAGUGGAAUGGGAGAAGAACUACACGGUAGAGAGUGCCGCUUGGUUGCACUUCGAGUAUGAUCACAAGCUCAUCCGUUUGAAGCUUGGAGAUGAACUAAGGGAGAAGAUUGGGCACAACGUGAAUAUCAGCUUCGCGAGCAUCCGCAAGAUCGGUGUCGGAUACGAUUGGAAUCCUUAUAUUUGCUUCGACACCCUCACGCCUCCGACUAUCGAGGAAGUCGAACUUCAUCGUACCCUUACGGGAGAUCACCGAGUAGACAACGAAAAAUACAAACACCGCGUUGGCCAUCUCGACGAAAGGCACAGAGCCGUCGCACCUUACGCGACUCAAGUCCGCGUCGUUCUCUACAAUGAUACAAGAUACGACAUGAUCAAGAAGUUCAUCGGCCUCUGCAAGGUCGCCGGUAUUGGGAAUGACGGCCUCAUCGCCCAUUUUGCCGCGAACAAAGGGAUUGAAGCAGUCAAGCAAGGUUUCUUCGAGCCGAAGCGCAUGUAUACGCUUCACAAACGACUGGCAGCCCUCCCAUGGCAUGUCGCUUUCCAAAUGGAAGCGCUACUCCUCAAUGGCCUUCUUCACACCAAACUCAUCCAGGAUCUUUUGGACCAAGUCGAAGCCCUCGCGGCAAAACACAUGAAGAACAAUAACGCACAUUACGUCGGAGAAGUACUCAGAAAGUUCAAUGAGGUCCUUCAAUCCCGCCUAAACAUACCGGAAGUUCAAGAGCACCCCUUGACCAUCUUCGAAAACGUUCUGUCCAAGUUUGAAUAUGCCAAACCCUCCUUAGAUCGUGGCACCUUCCCAUGUUGCCAUGUCACAUUUACCCCUACCCGAGUACUGUUGGAAGGUCCAUGUCCGACGCAGUCCAACCGAAUCAUUCGCAAGUACGCCGGAUUCGAGGAUAAAUUCCUUCGAGUUGAUUUCAGAGACGAGGAUCGCCUUCAGUAUCGUUGGGACAGGGAGGUUGAUGGGUCUGUCUUUGUUCGGGACAGGGUCGGGACGGUUUUGAAACUGGGAUUCGAAUUGGCGGGUAGAACUUUCGAGUUUCUAGCCUAUUCCAGUUCCGCCUUGCGGGAGCAUGCUGUAUGGUUCAUGUCCCCGUUCAAGAAGGAUGGUGUCAUUGUCGACGCCGAAUCCAUCCGGAACUCGGUGGGCGAUUUCAAGGGUACGGAACUUUUGAAGCGUCCUUCGAUGUACGCCGCUCGACUUGCUCAAGCCUUUACUGCAACGGAUCCAUCGGUCAAAAUCCGUCGGGGCGAGUGGGAAGACGUCGACGACUUGGGCGAAAAACCCUACUUGUUCACUGACGGGGUAGGGACUAUCUCAUCGGCCCUUGCAGACCGUAUUUGGGCAGCGGUAGGACGAAAGAAUCAACGAAGGCCCGAUGCGUUCCAAAUCAGGUUCCUGGGAUACAAAGGAAUGGUCUCCGUCGACAAAGAGUUGGACAAUCAUCCCCACGGUAUUCAGAUGCGACUAAGACCGUCCAUGCGCAAGUUCGAAAACAAGGGAGAGGAGGAAGAUGCAGAGAUCGAGAUUGCGCAAUCAUUCUCGUCUCCAAACGCCGCAUACCUUAAUCGACCUCUUGUCAUGCUUCUGGAGGACUUGGGAGCCCGCAAAGAGGAUUUCCUCCGGCUCCAAAAUCUCGAAAUUGCCGAUGCCUGCACCAUCGAUGAGAGCCUCGAACAGUUCCAGAAAUUCAUGUCCGGACACGGUCUCGGCAGACCAUUUGGAUUCCAAUACUUGCUUCGCAAGCUAUGGAACCUCGGAUUAGACCUGUCAUCAAAUAAGAAAGGCUCCUCGAUCGACACCCCUUUCCUUCAUCUAUUGCGGAGCGUGGCAAUCAAUGACGUUCUGAGGGACAUCAAGCAUAGUGCUCGGAUCAAGAUUCCCGACAGCUACUUGCUUGUAGGAAUCGCAGACGAAGGUCCAGCAUAUGAAAAGCGAGGCUACAAGAACGUGUACAGUCUCCGCGAGGGAAACAUCUACGCUUGUAUCCAGCGACACGAGGACGACGAGCCGACAUACAUCCAAGGAACUGUGUCGAUUUCUCGGAGUCCUGUUGCCCAUCGGGGUGACGUUCAACGGGUUUACGCAAUCGGUGAACCGCCCGCGGGUAUGUUCUGUGCAUUUAGGGGGCUGCGGAAUGUCGUGGUCCUUCCCUCAGUCGGGGACAGGUCAUUAGCCUCCUGUCUCGGAGGUGGAGACGUGGAUGGCGAUAUGUUCUCGGUCAUUACUUGCGACGCCCUUCUCCCCAGCGAGACCUUCGAACCUUCCGCAUAUGAAUCGGCGGGGACCAAGACAUUGGACCGCGAUAGCACCGUAGAAGACAUAUGCGAUUUCGUUGUCGAGUACAUCAACUCCGAUGUCCUGGGUCUACUGUCAGACCGCUUGUUGAUCAUUGCAGAUCAGUCCAAGGACGGAUUCUCGGAUGAAGCAUGCUUAGCGUUGGCUGAGCUCUGCUCACAGGCUGUGGACUAUCCCAAGCAAGGCAUCCCAGUCGACCUCGACAGUAAUGAUCUUCCAAGAACACUGAUACGAUGCAAACCCGAUUGGCAUGCAGCUGAAGUUGUCUCGCCCCGCGAGACCGACUACUAUAGGUCCACGCGCGCCCUCGGAUUCCUCUACCGUGCGGUAGAGCUCAAACCCAUCACCGAAGAAGAGAAAAAACUGGCACCCAACAAAUUCCCUCCCCUAACGGAUGCGAUAUCGCGGGCUCUGAUACCCUACGUGAAGACAUACCUCGGCGCAGCCGUUAACCCUAACGGCCAGUUUGCAGAAAUAGACAAGAUCUUCCAACGUUAUGUCAAUGAACUCAACUAUAUCUGCAUCACGCAUACCCUAUCGAACACGCCUGGUGUCAAGCUGUUGGAAGCGGAAGUCGUAGCAGGGACGAUACUCGCCAAGUGUGCACAGAAACGGAUGAGGAGUGACCGUAUCUAUCGAAUGCGGUUGCAUUCAGAGACGCUGGUCAAAGAUGUGCAAAAGGAUUUCAAAGGGAGGACCAACAGCCCAGAUAGUCUCGAUGGAUUCAUUACGGGAUUGGGCCGCGCAUGGAGGGCAUGGGAGUAUAGCCAGAAGUAUAACGACCAGUUUGGGGCCAACAGCUUUGGCAUCAUUGCUCUAAGCGUCACACUGGAUUCAUUGGAGGGCUUGGGAACGGUGCUGCCUACCAGAGAGAAGGAGUACUAG